AGCAGAACUACUUUUGACAACCUGCCAUUAAUCACACGGUCCCUUCCUUCUACGUGUCCCAGGACCUGGAAGAUUUUUCAGCUGAGAGAAAACCCUCUCCGCAGCAAACUUUGGUCAGCCUUAGGAGGCUUAUGCACCCCUCCAAUCCCGCAUCAUUCUGACGACCACUCAGCCUCAGUUUCAUGAUCUUUGCGAUCUCAGCUGACUAGGUUAUCCUUGAUUAAAGAGUAUCGCUGCCAUCCCCUCCUUCCUUAUAUUGCGUCUUUUUCUGCGCGAUCCCAUUUUCGUUUUCUUUGCCUUAUUCUUCUCUUUUCGUCCGAUUUCUAUCCAGCGGGAAUUCUACGAUGGGGCACAACAUGGACGAAACACACAAGAGACCCAAGGGUAUCCUGAAGAACCCUAGCUCUCAAAGCAUUCAAACAACACAUGAUACUUUGGCCCCGCGGGCCCCCUCUACAGAACCCAUGGAUACGAAGGAGCUCACCCUGCAAAAUACCCUACAAAACGCCGGACGUCGCCGCUCCUCGUCCACCACACGUCCUGGGACCGCUUCUCGACGCCAUUCGGUGGCUAGUGUCCAACAUGAUGAGAACUCGCCGCGGUUGAAAUGGGACGAGGCAAAUCUUUACCUGACUGAACAGGAGAAAACAGCUAAGAUGAAGAUCGACGAACCCAAAACACCGUAUGCGCCGCACUAUGACCCAAGCCAGGAUGGAGAAGAAAUGGAGCUUGCAGAAGCUGAAGACAGCUUGAUCGACGCGCAAGGGGUGGUUGUGGACGAACUUGACAAGACGACCAAAGAUCCUCGGAAAGCAGUCGCUGAAGAUGAGAUUCCCGAUCUAGAACUAGGAGAGCCGGAGGAAUCGAUCCUUGAUCGUGCUGGGGCCCAAGAUAGCGAUCGCAUCGUACGCGCGCGGAGUCUGAGCAAUGAGUCGCACCGGAGUGACAAGCAUGUGGUUAUGGGAGCCAACGAGCCCAAUGGCGAGGCCGGCGCCGAUGCGGAUCACUUGUUAAGUCCCGAAGAGGCCCAGGAGAAGCAUCGCCAAUUUGAGCAGCAGAGGAAGCAGCAUUACGAGAUGCGGAAUAUCAAAGAACUUCUUGCCCAUUCCGUAGACCUAGAGGAAAUGGACGAGGAUGAAGACGAGGGUGCGAGCAAGAACUCUACCCCUGCUGUUCCGCCGCCGAUGCCCCAAAUUCCCCAGAAGUUCUUGAGGGAAGGGAAGUAGGGGCUACAUUUCCCUGCUGGCAUUAAUUUCGAUCAGUGCUAAGCUGUGCCUAUUUUAUUUUAUUUUUAUAUAUAUUUUUUUUAUUUUUUUCAUCUUCACCUCACACCUACCUAUGCCACUUUUGUAUAUUUGUAUAUUCCCCAGCGAUCUCCAUGUUCUAUGUUACCAAUUAUGAGUGACCAUUAUGGGCAUUUCCAGCCCCUAUUCCCAUUGCUACGGAGAUAAGUCAUGUUCCAAUUGACUUGGGUUUCGUUGAGAAAUGAUGAUAGAUCAUUUUGUGCAGGAACAGAUCGGAGGAUGAGGGCCCCGUUGAUCUGAUAAGUGGAUGAUUUUAUGGCCAGCUUCGUUAAGGGGAGGGGGCAUGAAUGAAUUAUGGACGAACAGAGGUAGCCACGGAAACUGGAUGUGACUUGGCAUGAGAAACCUUACAGAGGGUAUUUCAUGCAUGCAUGUCUGAGUGGUACAGUCACAAUAAGGGGGGGAGGGUGUUCAUCUCGUCCGAAUUAGAGAGGCAGCAGCCAACAUCCGUAGAGGCUCCACAAUAGCCCUACUUAGUCAUUGUACAUACUCCGUACUGUACCCUUGGUGGAUGUUAGGUUAGUAGUAUAUUGUACAGGGACACCAACCACAGUGACACACGGGAAACGAAUCAAACAUAUCAAAGAGAAAAGAGAAACGAGAAAAGAAAGGAAAAGAGAACAUUCGUGGAUAUGGUAGAACAAGUUAACUGUUCUUGAGAACAUGAU